GUCCGUUCGACAGACACUUUGACGCCGCCGCCUAAUAAUUUAUCAUGAUUAAAUAUUUUUGAUUGAAGUACUCACUCAUCAGUACAGAUAAAUAUGUAUAUACAUAUCAGUCUAUAAAUAUCCGUACACCUUCCCUUCUUCCAAUUAAUCAAUCAGUAUACAUAUAAGAAUCCGUAGUACAUCUUUCCAUCCAGUAAUCAAUCUAUAAAUCAACCCAUCAACCAAUCAAUCAUGGGGUCAGUGCUUUCUCGCGGCAACAGCGAUGGACGGGGGUGGGAAUCGCUUCCCGCCGCCGGUGGAUCGACUGAUUACGCGGUCGGGAUCGAUCUUGGAACGACGAACAGCUGCGUCGCUGUCUGGGAUCGCGGCGUCGUCGAGAUCAUCGCCAACGACAACGGUAAUCUGACGACCCCGUCCUGCGUGGCCAUCACCGAGGAUGGCGGGUACUUAGUCGGCGAGUGCGCUAAGGACCAGGCAACAACGAAUCCGAAGAGAACCUUCGUACACAUCAAGAGGUUGUUAGAUCGACGGCUGGCAGACGUGCAACGUCAGACAGAUAGCUGCCUCUGGCCUUACUCAUUAGUGGAAGAGGAGGGGCGAUGCGUGAUAGAGGUGGAGGUUGAGAAUAGGAAAACGAAGUACGCGCCAGAGGACCUGCUGGCCUUAAUCUUAAUGAAGAUGAAGGAGACGGCCGAAGCGCGCCUGGAUACUGUUGUGGAUAAGGCAGUGAUUACAGUUCCCGCCAAUUUUUCACAGGCACAGAAGGUAGCGACAAAAAUUGCCGCAAGGCUGGCAGGUCUGGAGAUUGUCAGACUCCUCACGGAGCCGGCAGCGGCGGCGCUCGCUUAUGCCUGCAAGUCCUCCAUCCAAAUGGAUUAUACCACUGGAGGACGAGGAGGAGGAGGAGGAGGAAGAGGAGGGGAAGGAGGAGGAGGUCUAAGAGGCAGCUUCAGGUGUUGUACGGAUGGCGGGGGUAGUUAUGGUUUCGGCGGGAGCAGCAGCAGCAGAAGGAGGAGGAGAGGCAGGCAUUUCCAAUCGGAUGGGAUUGGUCCUCCCCGAGUGCUGUUUGUCGUUGAUUGGGGUGGGGGCACCUUCGAUGUCUCCGUGAUGACUGUUCGGCGGGAAACUUACACAGUCAUUGGUCAGGAUGGGGACACACAACUUGGCGGGAAAGAUAUCGAUGACGUUAUGGUGCAGCACUUUGUCGACGAUUUCUACACGAAGCAUGGGAUCAAAUUACAUCAGUAUCCAAGACCAAUGAGGCGCCUCCGUACCGAGUGUGAGAAGAUGAAACACGCUCUCUCUUCCUGCAAAUACGUCCGCAUUGUGAUAGAUGGGUUGUGUGAAGGGAAGGAUUUCGAGAUGAAGAUGACGAGGGACAAGUUGCAGGAGCUCGCGGCUCCGUUCUUUGACAGGUGCAUGCAUCUGGUCGCAAGGGCGCUCGCAGAUGCAGGGGUGGAGAGGGCCUCCAUUUGGAAGGUGGUUUUGGCGGGAGGCACUAUGCGAAUGCCCGGGAUUCAAGAUAAGAUGGAAGAGUAUUUCGGCGAGGGGAAGUUGAGCCGCGCGAUUAAUCCCGACCAUUGCGUCGCGAUCGGGGCCACGUGGCAGGCGGCGCUUGACAUGGGAUUGGCUGACGUGGACUGCAUAGGGGACCUCGCGGUGGUGGAGUCGGUCCCGCUCAGCAUCGGAGUCAAAAACGCGGGAGGCGUGUUUGUCAAAUGCAUCCGACGAAACACACCUUAUCCAGUCAUGAAGAAGCAGAGCGAUUGGAGGACGGGUUUCGAUGGCGCCACGUCAGCAACGAUGGUAGUGUACGAGGGAGAGAGAUUGAACGCUGAGGAGAAUCAGCAACUCGGGGAGGUGACGUUGUACGGCCUGGAGCCGAAGGAUAAGGAUGGGAGAGUUCGCCUGGAGGCGAGUCUGGAGAUCGACGAGGACGGGAUCUUGACAGCCAUGUUAACGGACCUAUCCAGUGACGGAGGGGACCGAAAAAAGGCUUGGAAAUCAUUUGGCCGAAAUUGGGGGAGGUGCACCCGUCAGGAGGCACACGUGGCGGCGAGCGAAGCCACCACAUUGAAAGAGACGGACAAAAUCAGUCUGGAGAGGUCUAGGGCUCGAUGGCAGCUCAAGGAGGCCAUCCGUCAGAUUCAGUGGAAGAUUCGAGAUACGAAGGACACGGAUGAAGAGGCGAGGAUGAGGAAGAUCGUACUCGAGGCGCAGCAGUGGUGGGAGGAGAAUCGGGAUCGCGACCUCGGGGCUGACGAGUACCGCAACAAAAGGCAGGAGGUCGAAACCAAAUAUCGCUUGAGAAUAGUUCAUGCAGAGGCACAGCGUCGAAGGGCGUCCAUUCGACAACGACGGCAUACAUCCAAUGACUUGAGCAGUGACGAUGACGAUAAAGGGUAUGAGGGCAGCAAUGAGUCCAACGACGAUAUCAUCAAUAUGGAUUUUAACAGGGGUGUGGACGACGCUACAGUGGGAGCAGUGGGAGGUGAGGACGGUCAUCGAGACAGUACUGCCGCGGGGCUGCAGGGUCAGCGAUGUUCUACGAGAUUGAGGGAAGAGACAGAUCAUGGUGCGGGGGGGGCAGGCAGGGGCGGAGGAGGUGGACGAUCGGGGGGACAGACUCCUCUUUCCCCUCGUAGGGGGAGAUUCGAGGUUGUUCGCAGCCAUUCAUCCUCUGCAAGGGACGAAGCCAACACGAUCGGCUCGUUGACCGAUUUCCUCGGCUUGUCGAUGGGUCCUCCAUCGACCCCGCAUGAUGAUGGAGAGGCCCCGGGGUGUCUCGAGCAGUUUGUUGAUGAGGCGGCUCGGGGGAUGGAAGGUACGCCUGGAGGGGCCAUGCGGCACACGGGGGAUGAUGUCGAUUGUCCACCCAUCCACGAGAUUGAUGUGGAGACGGAUGUGGACAGGAAGGACAAAGAGGAGAGGCAGCGAGCGCUGGUGCUUGCUCAGUCCUACCCUGUGACACAGGAUAUUAGAGCGACCUUGGAUGUUGCUUGCGCCCUUGAGACGGGCGUUGCACUCGUCGGUGCUGCGGAUUGUCGGGAUACCGACGGUACGAGGGAGCGGAUCCAGGAUUCCGAGGAGGUUGACGAGGGGGACGACCCCCAAACUGUGCAGGGUGAUGGCAGAGUUUGCAGACCGGGACUUGACCCCAUUCGAGAUGAGGAUGACGAUGCGGAGGGAGGUGGUGAUGGGGGUGUCGGUGGAGGGGAUGCACCUCAUGGAGGAUCGGAUACAGUUGCUCGACAUGAUGCAUGCGAGGAGGACAGACGGACCACAGCUGGAGGGCAUCAGGCGGAUGCAGGAGGUAGUGGCAGUAGUGUGUGUGUUGCACAUACACAGCGAUCUGCAGAUGAGGGACAUGGCGAGCAGGCAACCUUUUCAGCAAUGGUCGGCCGCCCUAACGCGGUUGUGGUGGGAGUUUGUGUGUCGCCCUCGGGUGGCGGCAUGCCCACAACAAUUCUGGAGUGAGAUGGGAGGGAGGAUCCUUUGGCGGCAGAUCAGCGAGGGCGGACGGAGGAUGACAGUAGGAGAGCUUUGGCAGCCCCCCCACUAUAUGCACCGUGUAGC